CAUGAGCAUGGAAUUUAUGUGUUUUGUGGCAAUCAGCAUUGCACUAAUAUGCCUGAUGAUCCUUCUUUCCAUUAUAAUAAUGGAAAGAAGAUGCAGAUUUUCCAUAAAAGCAAGUUAUAGAGAGUAGAGAGGAGGAAGAGAGUAGAGAGGAGAAACUAAAACCAGGGGAGAAAAGAAAUUAUGACAACAAGUACCAGGAGAGAAACUGUAAAAUUAACGCCUUACAAAAGUCAAAAAGCAGAAUUGUCAAAAAUUUACAAAAAUUUGCAACCAAAUUGGAAAGAGAACAGGUAUAUGAGCCCGUUGAUACCCUCUUCCUCAUUAGGAGGAAGGGGAGUAAAGUAAUUAAAGCAUUUGGAUAUGGGGAAAUGAUUAAACGUUUUUCGGAAGGCCUCCCCAUUACAGACAAACUACCAUACAGCCAUAGGAAGAAGCUGCCAACUAUGCCUGAGGUGACCCCGGACCAAGAAGUCAUUCUGCUGACACCAGAGAAAGAUCCUUUCAACUUUGGUGUCGGCAGCGGGAGAAAUUUGGCCAGGGAGCAGAAAGAAAUGCUGGAGCAAAUGGAGAUUAAUGUGACACCAGCAGAUGUGAAUGUACUACCAUCAACAUCCACAUGUAACACCAACAGACCAGGCACCAGCAGUGAACCCAGCAACACUAACAGACCAAGUACCAGCAAUGAACCCAGCAACACUAACAGACCAAGUACCAGCAAUGAACCCAGCAACACUAACAGACCAAGUACCAGCAAUGAACAUGAUGAAUCAAGCAACACCAACAGACCAAGCACCAGCUAUGACCCAAGUAGCAGCAAUUUUGAUAUAAGAUCAGCAAAGAGGGCUCUGUAUGCCGAGUCAAGAAAAGAUAGAAGUAAUCAGAUCACCGGACAUGCCAGAGGAGGGGUAAGAGGUAAAGGAAAGGGUAGAGGAAAGUCAUCAGCCAUUAGAGGUAGAGGUAGAGGUAGAGAAACAACAUCAAAUCUCCCUCAGAAAAGAAAAAAGAUGUCUGACUUGUUUGAUGAACAGAGUGAUGAGGAUGAUGAGCCAGUGACAAAAAAGCAGAAAACCUGUUCUCAUACCUCGGAGAUUGUAGAAGACAGUGAGGAAGAGAGCCAGAAGGAAAGCCUGUUAUCUGUCUCUCAAACAGAGCAACUUUUAGAAGAGAUGGCAGAUCCAAUGAUACAAGAUCUUUUACUUCUCCAGGUGAAUAAUUCAGAAGGUCUUUUGACCUUUAGCGUAGAAGAAAAAAAGACAGAAGGAAACAAGACAGAAGAAAAUGAAGAUAAUGGUGAAAAAAAUAUGGUUGGACAAUAUGUUGGUGUUGCUUAUUCAGACAAAAUGUUUCUGGGACAGAUCAUUGGAAAGGACGGUCUGAUGUGUCAAGUUAACUGCAUGGAGCAGUCCAGCUCAAAAAAUUCAUUCAAGUGGCCUUCAAAGGAAGAUCAAGACACAGUUGACCAAAAAUUUAUAUUCGAAACUGAUAUUGACAUUUAUGCUCGAGACUCUUCAGGAAGAGUCUGGAGCAUAAACAAUUUUGAACAGGUUCUUCAAAAAUAUGAAAAUUACUGUAAAAAAUACUUUCAAUAACUUAUAUUUUUUAUUUGAAUAUUUCCAUUUAAAUUUGCAUCCUUCUGGCUCUCGGAAUAAAACAUACCAGUAAGAAAAUGUUUUUUUUUUAAAUGUACUUAAGAUUAUCAGUCACAGUUCAGGUGAUAAUUAACUGAAAAAUUAAGUUUCC